UUUUGGAGAGGGAGGAGAGAAGGAGAAGGAGGACUACUCAGAGAACUUCUCUUCUCACACGGGACACAGAAAUGACCCGGGACAAAAUCCCUCACGUCCGCUGGGAAAACCAUGAAGCGUGAACCGUAGAGUGUGCGCGAGUGUGUGCUGCUUCUUUUCUCUUCCCCGGCGAACAGGAAAAAGGGGGAGAAGUCCUUUAACGCAGGAGCCACUGUUGUUGCCAGUUUCUCCGAGGGGAGAAAAGACGGAUUCAGCAUCGAAAGACCGGAGUGGAACUUUGUGUGCAAGAUGCAGGAGGUUUCAACCACCGAUCUCCCCGCCUCCCCUCUGCAGUACCAGUGUGGACCAGUGGACUAUCUGUGUUCGCCGCCGCUGGUUAAGAAAGGUCCCACCACUAGACCAUGUCACGACAAACCCGCCAUCAAACCCCGGCCCCAGUCCUGCACCUCACCCAGACCGCCAACUGCACAGAAACCUCAAGUGCCCCCUAAACCUGCGCACCUGCUUGCCCUUGGGCAAGACAAGAAACCCAAGAGGAUUCCCCCGGCGCCCUGCAGGCCUCUGCCAGCACCGCCUACGCCACCUAAGCCGAAGCCGACUCUGACGCCUCCUGUCCCGGGGACACAGUCACAGAGAGAGGAGACCCAGAAGGUCGGGCUGCUCAUCGAGAGGUUUGAGAACUCGAGGGUUCCCAUCCUGGGGGUGCUCCCACGGUCCCAGCUGCACUUGUAUCUGAGGAUGGACACGGCCACUGACAUCACGUCCUCCUGCAGCCCGGACACGCCAGCGAGGCUCGCAGGAGACUCCUCCUCCUCCUCCUCCUCCUCCUCCGCCUCCGCUGCGGACAAACUUGCACUUGGGAACUCGGAGCGGACUCACGACGAGGUGUCUGCUGAACUUUCCUGUCUGUCCGCCAUGCACAUCGAUGGCGCCGACGACGCCGCACUGGACGACUGCGCCGAGGACGACAUCGCGCACGGCAUCGGUUGCCUUGACGACGUGGAGCGGGAGGAGGGCUCCUCCCACGAGCUCCUGGACAAUCCGGACUCCUCGGAGCAGAACGGGAAGAUUCCCAACCGGGACAGCGGCAUCGACAGCCCGUCGUGCACCGCGGAGGGGGAAGUCUUCCCCAACGAGGACGCCAUCGACGAGGAGGAUCAUUACGACAGCGUCACGGAAACGGAGAGCGUGUCCUGCGUGACCGUUGGCAAUAAGCGGGACUCGACGCAGGAUGAGGACAGUGACUUGGACGAGGGCAGCAGUGGGGAGAUGCACCCUCUGACGGACACACAGACUGGAUAUAUAGCAGAUCCACCUUCAGAGGCGCACAGAUGCUCAGAGGCUCAGAAGCUCCUGAACAUCGCCAAAGAGCUUCUCCACACUGAAGAGGCCUACGUCAAAAGACUUAACCUCCUGGACCAGGUAUUUUGCACUAAGCUCACAGAGGCUGGAAUCCCCCAGGACGUCAUUACGGGGAUCUUCUCCAACAUCUCCUCCAUCUACUGCUUCCACGACAAGUUCCUGCUUCCCGAGCUCAAGACGCGCAUUACUGGAGAGUGGGAUUCGAACCCUCGUAUUGGAGACAUUCUCCAGAAACUGGCUCCUUUUAUGAAGAUGUACGGAGAAUAUGUGAAGAACUUUGACCGAGCCAUGGACCUGGUCAACACGUGGACGCAGCGGUCAUCGCUGUUCAAGAGCGUCGUCCAGAAUAUACAGAAACAGGACGUGUGUGGGAACCUGACGCUGCAGCACCACAUGCUGGAGCCGGUCCAGAGGAUUCCUCGCUACGAGCUGCUGCUCAAAGACUACCUGAAGAAGCUGCCGGAGGACGCUCUGGACCGGAAAGACGCCGAGAAAGCUCUGGAGCUGAUCUCUACUGCAGCGAACCACUCCAAUGCAGCAAUCAGGAAAAUGGAGAAGAUGAACAAGCUGCUGGAGGUUUACGAGCGCCUCGGUGGAGAAGAAGAUAUCGUUAAUCCGGCCAAUGAGCUCAUCAAAGAAGGACAUAUUAAGAAGAUGUCGGCCAAAAAUGGAACAGCACAAGACCGAUACCUCUACCUGUUCAACAACAUGGUGCUCUACUGCGUGCCUAAGCUCAGACUGAUGGGGCAGAAGUUCAGCGUCAGAGAGCGGAUAGACAUCGCUGGCAUGGAGGUGCAGGAGAACGUGAAGCAGAACCUUCCUCAUUCCUUCGCCAUCAUCGGCAAGCAGCGAUCACUGGAGCUGCAGGCGAGGACAGCUGAAGAGAAGGAAGAUUGGAUUCAGGUGAUCCUGGCCACCAUCGAGAGGCACAAACAGAACAGCGAAACGUUCAACAAGGCCUUCAACAGCUCCUUCUCCCGAGAAGAUGACCAUCUCCCUGACUCACCGGGUCCCUGGAGCUCAACCAUGGACUCGGAUGGUGAAAGGCUGCAUGAAAGGAAAAGUUCCAGGAAAAAAGACAAAGAGAAGCAGACGUGUAAAGGCUGCAACGAGACCUUCAAUUUCACCAAACGCAAACAUCACUGCAAGUCCUGUGGAGCGGCCAUCUGUGCCAAGUGUUCAAAGACCCUCGACAACAAAACGAGUCGAGUGUGCCCGGAGUGUUUCGAAGCCAGCCUCAGUCUGGAGAAUCUCGGCGUGGGGGAGCAGAAGAGGAAACCUGCAGCCGAGAGACAGACGUCUUUAACGGCAGAGAGCUGUUUACUGUGUGGCCACCUACAAGUGCAGGAGAAGGGCAAGAGCUGGACCAAGAUGUGGGCCGCUGUCACCAAGGCUGAGCCGUUGGUGCUUUACUUACAGAGCAGUGGACAAGACUUGAAGGGGGCGCGGGCGGUGCCUCUCCCUGGUUUCGACGUGAGCGCAGUUCCGCCGUCAGCAGCAGACAAGUCGGAGGUCAGACACGCGCUGCGGCUCAGUCACGCGCAGCAGACGUUGCUCUUGAGUGCCCAGGACGCAGAACUUCAGGCCAAGUGGACGGACUUCCUCUCCAAAGCGGCGCGCGGAGAACCGCCCGCGGUUUCGUCGACGAGCCUGACCGAACACCGAAAGAGCCAGUAGUGGCCAUUUUGGAGCCAAAGGACUCAAACCCCCCACCCCCCCUGCCUCCCGCCCUGUGUAUAGAGCACACAUUACUUGAAUUCACUUUAUCUUGGCACUUUUUUCUUUUUGUUUCUUGUUUUUUGAAAUUGACCACUCAGUCCCUCCGAUGCCACUUCAAUCUGACGUCCACGACCCCCACAGCUCCCCCUUCCUCCCUCGCGCUGUCCGUCUUGUUGCUGUCUCUCCUGAAACGUAACGUAGAAGGACGAUGUUAUUUUGAAGCCACCCAUGCCACUGUACAUACAUGUAUGUGUCGUUAGGAUAUUUUAUUUCUCUCUCCGUGCGUGUUGUCAACAGCAGGAGAGGACCCAUGAAGGACUCAUGAUGUUUUUAUUUGUAUUAUAGCUGAAUAAGUUCCGCUAUGAAUUUUGUUUUUGUUUUUUUAAAAUAAUGAAGUUCCUUGUACAUUAUGCGACUGUGUUGUGAAGCAUUAACUCGUGCGCGUGAGUGUGUGUGUGUGUGUGUGUGCGUGCGCUCCCAUAUAAGUAUUGAAUGUUAUUGUAAGAAAGCCUCUGUUCUCUUCUGUCCUUGUUUGAAGGAGACACAGUAGCAGUUCAGUGGGUAUUGUACAGUAUGUAAACUAUAGUGUGACGCAAGGAAACAAAGAAAAGAAAAGACAUUUUAACUUAAAGAAGAAGAAGAAGAAAAACACACAGAUGUGUAAACAUGUGGCUGGCCACCUGACGCUCCCACAGUUUCUGUCCCUCUACCGCUCCUGUAUUGUAAUAACUCCGUCUCGUCGUCGUCUUUGGACCGCGGGGACGUCUUCUGCGAGUCUGACGGACUACAUUUCACCUCUCGUUAUUGUCACUAGUCCAGAUGAGAGUGCACAGCUGGAACAGAAUCAUGGGGGGGGGCCCUCAGUUCUGAGUCUCUGCUGCAGGUUCAGGAAUGAAUCAAUAAAUAAAUCCUCUCUCUGAGUAUCAGCCCUGCUUCUCCUCCCCUCCCUUUGGUGAUAUGAUGGAAACCAAGUACUGUACUGUAAAACUGUUUAUUCUGCUUUGGCCCCUCGUACCUUGCUCCUAUCAGCACCGGCCUUUAAAGAAAAGAAGCAAAAAAGAAAGAAAUAAAGAAAAAGAAUCUCAUCAUUGGAUCUCUUUGUGCAUGUGAAAUCACUCAUAUUUAUGUACCGUGCUUAGAAAUUCCCCGGGGUUGUUUUUUGUUUCCUUUUUUUUUUUUUUUCCUUUUAAAUGCUCCAGAAUUCAUUCAUUCAUUCUUUGUCGUACUGUAAGUGAGCAGAGUCUGCAACAUGAGUGUGUUUUUAAACCUGGAUUGUGCAACAGUGGAAAAGCAGUCGAGCAUAUCAUCAAUAAACAAAGGCGUCGUGGUUUCGUUCAGUGCCGCGCUGUCCAAGCA